AUGGAAUAUUUGGGGUAUGUGUUUGUAGGCAUAGUGACUCUUUUGCUUGUAUGCAUUCCACAUUGGCUUCGCAGUUGGAGGAAGCCCCAGUGCAAUGGAAAGCUCCCACCAGGUUCAAUGGGAUGGCCAAUUCUUGGAGAGACCCUUCAGUUUUCGACUCCUUAUACUAACCGCGGUGUCUCGCCUUUCAUCAGAAAGAGAAUGGACAGGUAUGGGCCAUUGUUCCGAACAAAACUGCUGGGGUGGCCAUUUGUUAUUUCAGCUGAUCCAGACGUGAGCCGCUUCGUCCUCCAACAAGAAGGGAAAUUGUUUCACUGCUGGUACAUGGAAAGCUUUGACAAUCUCUUCGGCCCACAGAAUGUGCUUUCAUCACAAGGGGCUCUGCACAAGUGCUUAAGAAGCCUGAUUUUGAGUCAAUUUGGGUCCGAAAGCCUAAGAACUAGGGUUCUUUCUCAAGUUGAAGACUCGGUGCUUGAAAAACUGUAG